GUGUGUGUGUGUGUGUGCAUAUGCAGACUGUUGCUUGUGUUUUGGCACCUUGGCAACCUGCUACUGUGUGCUUCUGCAUUUCAGCAGUUUAAUUGCACACUGAGUAUCUUGUAAAUAAUAUCCGCUGAAGCUCUCACAUAUGGCGUGGACAGAAGAUAUUUAUCCACACUUCACGCCGUAUGAUCCGCACGCUUUUCAGAUAUUGCCUGCUCCUCAGCAGCCCCCCACCAUCCUGCAGCAGCUCCCAGCGACCGUGAUGCCUCCCGGCUCCGCUGCCUCCAUUAGGCCCGGUGGUCACGUCAAGCAGGAUCUUGUAGAGCUGAUGAUGAUCCAGAAUGCCCAGAUGCACCAGGUCAUCAUGAACAACAUGACCAUGUCGGCUCUCAGCUCGUUCGGGUUCUGCUGCCCCCCGUCGGGCCACAUGUCACAGGCUCCCAGUGAUCUGCGUAUAAUUCAAGAGACAGUGGCUGACCAGGAGAUAUAUCACCACUAUUACCAGCCUGCUCCAUAUGUGUCCUGUCCAGCAUGGUUCCAGUGUCAGACCACGCAGGUCUACCAGGACCCCAACAACCCCACCUCCUCUCUGCCAAACACAGACAGACCAACUGUCCCUCCUCCUCCUCCUCCUCCUCCUCCUCCUCCCAGCACCAGUGGGCCAGUGGGAGCCAACGUCACACCUGCAGCAGGUAAAAGCGACCACACAUCAGCGCCCAGCCAGCAGCCGAUUAGCACAACCUGUUCCUGUGAAGCCAAAGGGGCCUCCUGAGCGGCGUGACAGGAGAAGUGACAACAGCAGCAAGCUCUGCGGUAGUAAUGAUGAGAAGGGCACUGAUUGGACAGGCUGCCAGUCAAGAGAUAAGCGCAUCAGAUGCUUCAUGUUUUGUGAAGAAGAAAAAAAACCAAAAGCGAUUACAAAAUCAACAAAAAAAAAAAUCUUGAGUUUAUUAAUAUUAUCUCAACAAUUGGGCUUUCACAUGUACGGUUUUCUUUUUUACAAGUCUUUCAGGUUAAUGUCCAAUAGAGUGAAUAAAUAUGAUAUUGUGCAAGGCUAAUUGCAUUUUUACACCUUUGUUCAACCUACAACACCCACAGUGUCCAGCAGGGUGCAGCAACAGAUGUAAAGUGGGACCACAAGCUGAACAAUGUACUGCAUGUACACAUAAGAAGUAUUGACAGGUGAUCACAGUGACUCUGUGUGCUUUAGUGGUGAUUUAGGUUACUGCAUACCACUGUGGGCAACAUAGCAAGAGUGUGAC